CUCUCCCUCAGGAGCUGACUGCAGUCCCAUUGGAGAUGUUUCCAGUGACGAUGGCUACAUUCCAGGUGUUCUCAAGUGGUCCUGGGAGCGCACAGGGAAGCCUGGGCUGGGCGCUGCCACCGACAGGAUGGCCCCAGGGAUGCCUCACGGAGAGACAGUACGAGGACUCCGAGUGGUGGCACAGGCGCUUCAGAGAAUUCCAGCCCUCGGAGGGCUCAGACCCCCUCCAGAGCUUGCACACAAUUAAGGAGUCUCUCAACCUGUGGAUGAGGCCGGACAUGCGCUCCACGCAGCAGAUCCUGGACCAGCUGGUGCUGGAAAAGUUCAUGACCUGCAUGCCCCUGGAGCUGCAGGUCCUGGUCAGGGAGAGGAAGGUGCAGAGCUGCGAGGAGCUGGAGGCCUUGCUGAGGAAGAAGGAGAAACCCAGGAAAUGGAGGGUGCUCACCAUCCAAGGGCGGGAAUAUCUUCUGGAGAAUUCGGAGGAAGACCUGGUGCUGGACUUGUCUAUGAAGUCUUCAACCCCCAUAAGUGAGGCCAGGGCACAUCCUGGGAAUGGCCCGGAAGUCCUAGGAGAGCCAGGGAACCAUCCAGGACCCAGUGACGUGGCCUGGGGACAGAGGAUGGUCGCCGUCGAAGAGCAGGAGUACUCGGACGAGGAAGUCUGGGACACACCUCUCGUGAUUGACUUGUCCGCGAGGUCCCCAACCCCCAUCAGUGAGGCGGGGGAACAUCCUGACAACAGCCCUGAGGAAUAUCCCACCCACGUCCCAGAGGUCUUGAAUCGGCGUCAGAAGAGAGGAGGUCCUCGGACCCCAAGAGCUGCUCCCAAGAGAAAAAGGGGAAACACUCCCACCGUCCAAGCGGAGCCUCAGGAACCAGCUGUGACAUUGGACCGAGGACAAGUCGUAGGACAGCACAGGUCCGAUUCAGUUGGUGACCAGUUGACCGUGCAGCCAACCGGCCACCCUGUCCGCAAAGAACCCAGGAGACAGAUCCCGUACGAGUGUGAGGACUGCAGCAAGAGGUUCAGCUACAAAUCCCAGUUUGACCUUCACCGGAGGACGCACACGGGAGAGCGGCCCUUCCCGUGCCCCUCCUGCGUCAGGAGGUUCAUCCAGGCCUCGGACCUGAAGGUGCACCAGCGCAUCCACACGGGCCAGAAGCCAUUCGGCUGCGCGGUCUGUGGGAAGCGGUUCACCCACGCGUCCACGCUGCGCGGCCACCUGCGGGUCCACACCCGGGAGAGGCCGUUCCAGUGCGGCGACUGCAACAAGCGCUUCAGCCACCGGGGCAACCUCAACGUCCACCUGCGCACCCACUCGGGCGUGAGGCCCUACCGGUGCCCCCGGUGCGACGGCGCCUUCCGCCAGCUGGGCACGUUCCAGCGACACCAGAGGACCUGCCACGGAGCGCUCCAAGGGCGCCGGGACCCCGCUGACCCGGAAGUUCAGCCACGGGUCCUCUUUGAGGCAGAGAUGGUCCAUGAGCACGUAGACACUUAG